CACUGCUGGGCGGCACUGACUGGCGGCACUGCUGGGCUGCACUGGUGGGCAACGGGUGGGCAACAUUGCUGGGCACAGGUGGGCACUGGGGGGUGGAACUGCUGGGCACAGGUGGGAGACAUUGCUGGGCACUUCUGGGCACUGGUGGGCGGCACUGCUGGGCACUUGUGGGCGGCACUGCUGAGCACUUGUGGGUGGAACUGGUGGGUGGCACUGCUGGGCACCGAUCAUCAGGGAACUGAUCAUCAGUGCCCUGAUGAUUGGUGCCUAUCCCUGCUCUGACAAUUGCCAGUUCUCGGCAGUACUUUCCUCAUGCUCUGGCAGCGUGAGGAAAGUGGAGCCGAGAACCGGCAAUUGCAU